CUCAAAUACCAUUUUCAUAUCACCUUAAGGGUGACGAACGUUUACUAUAUAUUUAUUAUUACUGUAUAUUAAAUUUACUAUAUAUUUCAAUGCUGACAUCCUUUAGAUGCAUGGUCAGUGGCCAUUUUUCUGUUCACGUUUCGCCACCUGUCGGCAGAGGCAUGAACUGUUUCAGCUUAAAUAAUAAACCCAUUUAUGAGUUUCCAACAAGACGGCAAAUAACCAGCGAUUACAAUCCAUUGAGAUGUCGUGAUUGGUCGUAGUCGUGAACCGUUCAGGUUUUAGAACGCCCGAUUGUAGUCAAAAUUUUGGCAUUUCCUUGACUUCCUCCGCAGCAGUCUACAGCAGUUCGUGAAAUGCUGUUGAUAGUGGAAUUUCAAUGAAAAUCUCGUUCGCCACGAAUUCCCACUCGAAAAGAAAUCGCCGAGAGUUCUGCACUCCGCGGAGUCGCGACAGUUCCCAGUUUUCUUUCUUUGUGUUCAAUUAUUAUUCGAAACAUAGAAUCGACACUUGAACCGGCCGUCGAAAAAGUUCUCGAUCAUGGCUAGUGUUUCGUAUCAAAUAGCGAAUCUGCUUGAAAAGAUGACAUCUAGCGACAAGGAUUUCAGGUUUAUGGCAACGAACGAUCUGAUGACAGAAUUGCAGAAAGAUAGUAUCAAAUUGGAUGAUGACUCAGAGCGCAAAGUUGUAAAGAUGCUACUGAAAUUAUUAGAAGACAAAAAUGGAGAAGUACAAAAUUUAGCUGUAAAAUGUUUGGGUCCAUUGGUUAAUAAAGUAAAAGAAUACCAAGUAGAAACGAUAGUGGAUGCUCUCUGUGGAAAUAUGGUUUCCGACAAAGAACAGCUACGUGAUAUUUCUAGCAUUGGCUUAAAAACAGUAAUAUCUGAGCUACCACUUGGAUCUACAGACCUUGCAGAAAAUGUUUGCAAAAGAAUCAUUGGCCGUUUAAGUAGUGCCAUUGAAAAGCAAGAAGAUGUGUCUGUGCAGCUUGAAGCUCUUGACAUUGUAGCUGACUUAUUAUCGCGCUUUGGCGCUUUAUUGGUUACUUUUCAUCCAAUGAUUCUAGCUGCACUGCUGCCACAGCUCGCUUCUCCACGUCAAGCAGUACGCAAACGUACAAUCGUGGCUUUGAGCCACCUUUUGAUAUCUAGCAACAACUAUUUGUAUAACAAGCUGCUAGAUCACUUACGCGAAGGCCUUGCAACACAAAAGGUGAAGAAUGUAAUUCGUACUUAUAUACAAUGCAUCGCAUCAAUCUGUCGCCAAGCAGGCCACAGGUUCGGUGAACAAGUCGAAAGAGUUAUGCCACUGAUUGUACAGUACAGUAACGAAGAUGACGAUGAAUUAAGGGAAUACUGUCUUCAGGCCUUUGAGGCUUUCGUGUAUCGAUGUCCUAAAGAGAUUACUCCUCAUAUAAAUAAAAUUAUAGAAAUCUGUUUGCUUUAUAUUACAUACGAUCCGAACUACAAUUAUGACGAUGAUGUACACGACUUGUCUGACGGCGAAGGUGUUAUUAUGGAAACCGAAGAAGAUGGGGAGGAAGAUGGCGAAGACGAAUAUUCGGAUGAUGACGACAUGAGUUGGAAAGUUCGUCGAGCUGCUGCUAAGUGUCUCGAAGCUGUCGUAUCCAGUAGAAGAGAGCUUUUACCUGACCUCUAUAAAAUAGUAUCACCGGCUCUUAUAGCUAGAUUUAAAGAACGUGAAGAAAACGUAAAAUCUGACAUCUUCCAUGCCUACAUUGCACUGUUGCGACAAACUAGGCCAGCUACUGGUGUUCCGCUUGAUCCUGACUCAAUGGAAGAUGAAGAGGGACCUAUCUCAUUGUUGCAGCAGCAAGUCCCGCUUAUAGUUAAAGCGGUACAUCGUCAAAUGAAAGAAAAAAGCAUCAAGACCCGACAAGACUGUUUUUCCCUUCUGAAGGAACUAGUUCUCGUACUGCCAGGUGCAUUGACCAACCAUAUCCCUGCACUGAUCCCUGGAAUUCAGUACUCCCUGGGAGAUAAAAAUUCAUCGUCGAAUAUGAAGAUUGAUACCUUGGCAUUCGUACAUACUUUAAUCGUAACCCAUCAUCCGGAAGCUUUCCAUGCUCACAUGUCAGUGUUGGCUCCACCAGUGAUAGCUGCUGUCGGAGACCCCUUUUACAAAAUUACAGCCGAAGCCCUUCUCGUCUUGCAACAACUUGUGCAGGUUAUCAGACCUCAUGAUAAACCUUGCAGCUUCGAUUUCACAUCGCUCUCUGGAGAAAUUUAUCGAUCCACUUUAAUGAGGCUGCGAUCUGCAGAUAUAGAUCAGGAGGUGAAAGAACGGGCUAUUGCUUGCAUGGGGCAGAUUCUUGCCCACCUUGGUGAUACUUUAUACGACGAACUGCCCGUGUGUCUUCCAAUUUUCCUCGAUCGACUUCGCAAUGAGAUCACUCGACUGACGACAGUUAAGGCUUUGACUUACAUCGCUGCAUCCCCUCUGAGAGUGGACCUCAAGCCUAUCAUGGAGGAGGCGAUUCCGGUACUUGGCUCAUUCUUGAGGAAGAAUCAACGAGCUCUGAAACUCUCGUCUCUCACGCUUCUGGACACUUUGGUUCGCAAUUACAGCUCCGCGUUACAUGCAGAGCUGCUCGACAAGGUCACCGCGGAGUUACCUCCUUUAUUGAACGAGGCCGAUCUGCAUAUUGCUCAGCUAACUCUUACCCUAUUAACUACGAUUGCAAAGUUACAUCCUGUCGCGUUGACGAGAGUCUCUGACAAUAUUCUACCGGAGAUAUUGGUCUUGGUGAAAUCUGCACUGUUGCAAGGUGCUGCGCUGAACUCCAUGCUGGAAUUCUUUCAAGCUUUGGUCCAGGCUGAUAUUCCAGGUCUGGGGUAUCGAGAACUUCUUUCGAUGCUGGUGGCACCGGUUGCUCAGUCCGUACUUCACAAACAGGCAUAUCAUUCAUUGGCAAAGUGUGCUGCAGCCCUGACGAUCACUUGGCACCAGGAGGCUCAGUGCGUGGUAGAACAGUUCCUGAAAGACGUUCAAAAUCCGCAAAACGACGCACAGCACAUUUUUGCUCUGCUUGUUAUCGGAGAAAUCGGCCGACAUGUAGAUCUGAGUGGCAUUAAUUUGUUGAAACACGUAAUCUUGUCCUCGUUCUCAUCCCAAUCGGAAGAAGUUAAAUCUGCUGCUAGCUACACCUUGGGAAACGUAGCGGUAGGAAAUCUGUCAGUGUAUCUUCCUUUCAUCCUGAUAGAGAUCGAGGCACAGCCAAAGCGCCAAUAUCUUCUUCUUCAUUCGCUGAAAGAAGUCAUCACGUGUCAGUCGGCCAGUCCGUCUGGAGUGUCGCAUUUACAGAACUUCGUGCCUGCUAUUUGGAUGCUGUUGUACAGGCACUGCGAGUGCACGGAAGAGGGAACCCGCAACGUAGUAGCCGAGUGCCUCGGGAAAUUGACGUUAAUUGAUCCUGCAACUCUGUUACCAAGGUUGCAAGAGUCCUUAAAAUCACCCUCCGCCCUUAUGAGAACCACGACUGUUACAGCUGUUAAGUUUACGAUUUCGGACCAGCCUCAGCAAAUCGAUGCGAUGCUGAAGCAGUGCAUGGGAAGUUUCUUGGUCGCCUUGGAAGAUCCUGACUUAAACGUCAGAAGGGUAGCUCUGGUAGCGUUUAACUCCGCAGCACAUAACAAGCCUAUGCUCAUACGUGACCUUCUAGACUCCGUACUACCUCAUCUCUAUACCGAAACGGUGGUCAAGAAAGAAUUGAUUAGGGAAGUGGAAAUGGGCCCAUUCAAGCAUACUGUGGACGAUGGGCUGGACUUAAGAAAGGCGGCCUUCGAAUGCAUGUAUACCUUGUUGGACUCUUGUCUCGACCGACUGGAUGUCUUCGAAUUCUUGAACCAUGUGGAAACAGGCUUAAAGGAUCACUAUGAUAUCAAAAUGCUUACUUAUCUUAUGACUGCCCGGCUAGCGCAAUUAUGCCCCACCGCUGUCUUACAGAGGUUAGAAAGGCUGGUGGAACCGCUGAAGAGUACUUGCACCAUGAAGGUGAAGGCUAAUUCCGUCAAACAGGAAUAUGAAAAACAAGACGAACUCAAGCGUUCCGCUCUGAGGGCCGUUGCAGCGUUGUUAAAAAUCCCCGACGCUGAUAAAAACCCUACCUUGAGUGAGUUCGUAACGCAGAUCAAGGCGACCUCAGACUUACAGCCUCUCUUCGAGUUGAUACAGAAGGAUUGCUCCGGUAGCAAUAUGAACGAAACCAACAUAAUGGAUCAAAGCUAAAGAUUAACGACUUAAUUUCCUUUUCUUUUUUUUUUUCCCCCUUUCUUUUGUAACUUAUAGAUCGCCAUCGAUUUAGUACUCGUGGUCAUGCUAUUAAUAGUUUAUUUGUAUACGUUAUUUUUUAAAUAUUCUUCCCGAAUUAAAAGGUAGUUCGAAUGAAUGUGAUUUUAUGUAGCACAUACCGUGUAUAAACUUAAAAAUAAAUCUACCGGACAGUGAUGGCCUUCUCGUGGAA